CGACUCCCGGAUUCGUCCCCGCCAUCUAAUCCAUCCAUUUUCAAAGAGUGAUAGGAACAGGAACAGAAACAGCAAUAGCAAGAUUAUGCAGUGUGGUUAGCUGGAUUGUGGUAUCUGAUUGAACUUUGUUUUGGAUGAUGGCGACGAGCAGCACCCCCACUACCCGAGCUCAUUCCAAUAUAUCGCAUCCCAACACCAGAGGAACAGAACAAGAGCCCCAGAUAUCGAAAAAGAAAGAGAAAGAGAAAAAACAUACUCGUUGUCGAACAGGUUGUUUGCGAUGCAGGACGCGUCGACGGAAAUAACUGCCUCCCUCGCUUCAUUAACCAACAACCCUCUCUUCAGCGAUAGGGAUAAAUCGGCCGUACAUGGUCUUCUGGCAUUAGGAACGGAUACUGUCUUGCCGAUUCCAAAUGCAAUAUACGAUAAACCUCAGAUCCCUCCAUUGUCAUCGAUCGUUAGGGAUGAGAAUACGAUCGUCCCUCCGCGAAGCUUGCAUUUUACUGCCAGCAAUGUUAUGACGGAUAUUGAAAAGCUACAACUCCUAUGCCAUUAUCGAUAUCAGAUUGCUCCGUGGCUUGAUAUAUGUGAUCUCGGGCAUCCGUUUGGGAUCACGACGGUGCAAAUGGCGUUGGGGUCGGAGCAGUUGAUGCGGGCUUUGCUGGGCCUUUCCGAGGUGUGUGUGACCAAGAAGGGAAUGGGGUAUGCAGGGGGUCUGAGUCGUGUAGAACCAUUUUAUUGGGGCUUAUGGCCAGACUCUGCACCGGUCACAACUGAGGUUACAUUGAUGGCGGUGCUGGAGGAGGUGAGAUAUCUUGUUUCGGAUAUCUCGCAGGCUUGGAAAAGCGUGCGGAGGUAUAAAUCUGAGAUUUUCGAGACCUUGGUGCAUCAGGCAUUUAGUCCAGAGAUUGGGUCAUCGAUCUAUUGGAUGUUCUUCCGUCUGGAUCUGAGUGCUGCACUGGCAAACGACAUGCCUAUACAGAUGCAGCUCCCGCCGAGUCCCUUGCCCAGUUUCUCAAUAAUGUCACGCAUAGAAGAUGUGCAGGAGAAAAUCCGGACAUACUCGCAUGUUCUCCUUUGGCUGUGUGGCAAAGUUUUGAGCCUAUAUCAUCAACAACCCAGCGAGCAUUCAGCUCUGGACAGUUGGCUGCAGGUAUUCGAAGAGCUCGACCAGUGGUACCAUCUGCGACCAGACGAGUUCCAACCGAUGGUGGAUUCAAGCGACGAUCUUUCUGGGACGGGAACUGGCUUUCCGCUCCUGCUGUUCGUAAACGGGGCGGGUAUCUUCUGCAAUCAGUUGUAUCAUACCGCCAUGCUACUUCUGCUGCAGUGUAAGCCCCGCACGGCGCUUUCAGGCUUGCAAUCUCCCACACUCUCUCCUCUGUGGCAUUCGCAGCGCAUCUGUGGCAUCGCGCUGAACAAUGACUGUCGGGAAUCCUGGGAUCCUUGUCUCAUCGCCUCGUUCCUUGUAGCGGCAAGGACGAUGACGCAUGAGUCUCAGCAACAGGAGAUCCUCGAAGGGUUCAAGCGGGUCUGCACGAUCACGGGGUGGAAUUUGGAUGAGUAUCUGACGCAGCUGCGCGAGGAUUGGUCUCUUCUCGACGGUUUCUAA